UUCAGUUCAGAUCUUCAAAACGGAUUCUCAUCCUUAAUUGUUGCAUACAAGUUUUUGCGUAAUUUGUUUUCUUUAUGGCGCCAAAUUAAAACCCAGCAAACACUCGAAGACUUAAAAUGGCGUCUACUUAACUCCAUCUCUCAAAAAUUUCACCAUCCUUUAACCUUUCUUCAUUUUCUCUCUCUUCCCUUCACUUUCUCUCUCCUCAACAUGAAACGUCAAAGAUCAAUUCUCUCAUUCUUCCAGAAACCUUCAUCGGAAAAUCGCAAUCUCGGUGCUGGAGAUAAGCUCAAUGGCGGAGAAACUCCGUGUAAGUUUUCUUCGCUGGAAAGCUUUAAUAGCGGAACUAUUCAACCUAAUGAAUUUACUUCUAAACCUGCAAUUUCUUCGGUUGAAGAAGUUCAAGGUGCCGAUACACCUCCGGAGAAAGUUCCUCGUCAGGUUAUGGUUGAUAAUUUAACUCCUGUUGAUGAGAUGAAGAAAUCUACAGUUUUUUCUAGUAUUAUGCAUAAAUUUGUCAAGAGUGGUGACAAUAACAAAGUUUCUCAGCGGACCCAAGACAACGAUGGUUCCUCAAUUAUUUACUCAAUGUUUGACAUAUUUAAUGAUUGCAAAGAAGUGCCGAAGGACUCUUCCUCUUCUUUGAUUCAGGAGAGUAUUUCUAAUGCAAAGCUUCAAGACUGUCUGUUAGAUAGCAAAGAUGAUGUCAAUGUUGUCCAACCAGAAACUCCAUUGGGCCGACCAUUUGUUCCACGCAUGAAGCGUGUUCAGGAGAAUUGUACUGAUUUUGAGGAUAAAACUGACUUCGACCUGACAAAAUCUAGCAAAAGAGUGAAAUUUCUUGCGGAAGAUUCAAAGCCAGAGAACAAGAUUCCCUUAGAUGUUUCAGAAGUUGCUAGCAAGUUUGAGUGGCUCCAUGCUUCUAAAAUUAAGGAUGCGAAUCGAAGAAGGCCUAGUGACCCUCUCUAUGAUAAAAGGACGCUUUAUAUACCACCUGACACCUUGAAGAAAAUGUCUGCAUCACAGAAACAGUAUUGGAGUGUGAAAUGUCAGUAUAUGGAUGUGCUGCUGUUCUUUAAAGUUGGGAAAUUCUAUGAACUUUAUGAGCUAGAUGCUGAAAUAGGGCACAAGGAACUGGAUUGGAAAUUAACAAAUAGUGGUGUGGGGAAAUGUAGACAGGUUGGUAUUUCUGAAAGUGGCAUUGAUGAAGCUGUGCAGAAGUUGGUUGCUCGAGGGUAUAAAGUUGGACGAAUGGAGCAACUAGAGACAUCAGAUCAAGCAAAAGCAAGGGGUGCAAGUGCUGUGAUCCCUAGAAAGUUGGUUAAUGUGAUCACACCAUCAACAAUAGCUGAUGAAAAUGUUGGCCCUGAUGCUGUUCAUCUUCUUGCAAUAAAGGAGGGGUCUAUUGAGGUAGAUGGUGGUACAACAACAUUUGGGUUUGCUUUUGUUGAUUGUGCUGCAUUAAAAAUUUGGAUUGGUUCUGUCAGUGAUGAUGCUUCCUGUGCUGCUUUAAUGGCCUUGUUAAUGCAAGUGUCUCCCAAGGAAAUUAUUUAUGAAAGUAGAGGUUUAUCUAAAGAAGCUCAGAAAGUAAUUAGAAAGUAUUCAUCUACAGGCUCCAACAGUGUACAGCUUACACCCACGUUUCCUGUUAAUGGUUUUCCGGGUGAUAUUGGAGUUAAGGAUGUGAUCCAGUCAAAGAAAUAUUUUAAAAAUUCUUGUGACCUGUGGGAUCAUCUGCUUGAUGGUGUAACAAAUCAUGAAGUUACCCUAUGUGCUUUGGGUGGUCUUAUUGAUCAUUUAUCCAGAUUGAUGUUGGAUGAUGUUUUAUGCAAUGGAGAUGUGUUUCCAUACCAAGUAUAUAGGGGUUGCCUCAGAAUGGAUGGACAGACACUAAUCAAUCUUGAGAUUUUCAAUAACAAUGCUGAUGGUGGUUCAACUGGAACAUUAUUCAAACAUCUUGAUAAUUGUAUAACAUCUUCGGGGAAGCGACUUUUGAGGAGUUGGAUUUGUCAUCCAUUAAAAAAUGUUGAGCAAAUCAAUAAUAGGCUUAAUGUGGUUGAAGCUUUAGUUAUGCAACCAGAAAUCAUGUUGGUUGUGGCACAAUAUCUUCGCAAAAUUCCAGAUUUAGAAAGAUUGCUUGGCAAUGUUAAAGCUAUGGUUAAUUCACAAGCCAUACUCAUGUUACCCUUGGUUGGGAAGAAAACAUUGAAACAAAGGGUGAAAGUAUUUGGCACUCUUGUUAAGGGUUUAAGAACUGGAAUGGACUUGCUGCUUGUACUACAAAAUGAAGAGCAUAUCAAGUCAUUGCUAUUGAAAAUUUUUUAUUUUCCUGAGCGUAGUGGGCAUGACACGCUCAGUGAGUUUCUACACCAAUUUGAAGCUACUAUAGAUAGUGACUUCCCUAAGUAUCAGGAUCACGAUGCAACAGAAACCGAUGCUGAGACACUCUCUAUUUUGAUCGAGUUAUUUGUUGAGAAAUAUAGUCAAUGGUCUCAAGUCAUAUUUUCCCUUAAUUGCAUAGACGUCUUAAGAUCUUUUGCCGCCAUCGCUAUUGAUUCAAGGGGAUGUAUGUGUCGGCCUUCCAUCCUACCAGAGUCUACCUUUGUUUCUGUUUGUCAAAAUAACAAAGGACCUAUACUUAAAAUCAAAGGAUUGUGGCAUCCAUUUGCCCUCAGAGAAUUUGGAGUUCCUGUGCCAAAUGACAUAGUUCUGGGAGAGGAUACAAAUAGCCAAAAUCCCCGAACUCUUCUGUUGACUGGACCAAACAUGGGGGGCAAAUCAACGCUCUUGCGUGCUAGUUGUCUAGCAGUUAUAAUGGCACAGCUUGGCUGCUAUGUUCCAUGUGAGAUGUGUGUUCUAUCAGUUGCAGACAUUAUUUUCACUAGGCUUGGUGCAACUGAUCGAAUUAUGACGGGUGAAAGUACAUUUUACAUUGAGUGUGCGGAAACAGCAUCAGUUCUCCAAAAUGCAACACAAGACUCCCUUGUCCUACUCGAUGAGCUGGGUCGAGGAACAAGUACUUUCGAUGGAUAUGCCAUAGCAUAUGCUGUAUUUCGCCAUUUAAUUGAGAAGGUAAACUGUCGCUUACUGUUUGCCACACAUUACCACCCACUGACAAAGGAAUUUGCAUCGCAUCCUCAUGUUUCUCUACAACACAUGUCCUGUGCUAUGAGGCCUACAUCCUCAUCAGGAAAGGACUUUGAUUUGGUGUUUCUCUAUCGACUUGCAUCUGGAGCUUGUCCUGCAAGCUACGGCUUACAGGUGGCUCUUAUGGCUGGAAUACCCAAACAGGUAGUAGAAGCAGCUUCAACUGCAAGCGAGGCGAUGAAAGAGAUGAUAGGUGCAAGCUUCAAGUCAAGCGAGCAAAGAUCAGAGUUCUCUACGCUACAUGAACAGUGGUUUAAAACCAUACUUUCUCUUGCAUGUGAGCAAGGUAAUUUUGAUGAUGAUACAUAUGAUUCCCUAUUUUGCUUAUGGCAUGAGCUAAAAACCUCAUAUAGGAAAUCUUUAGCUCCUGUAUAAAGCAUUGCAAUGCUGCUUUUGUCCCUAAUUUUCAUUGUAAAUACUUGUAGCCUUCUACCCAACCUACAAAUAUUUCGGUCUAUUGCUGUAACAGAAAAUCCGAGACCCUAUUUCUAGUAGGGAAAAAUUUUGAGAUUAUUAUCAAGCUCUCCAUUUUUAGGUGAUUCAUGCUAUAGGAACUUCGGCGUGUAGGUUAUGGCUUGAUUACUAUUAUUGUAGUGAAAUGCUAUUUGAAAUGUUUGGAAGUAUGAUACGCACCAUAUUAUCAAUA